ACAGGCAGGAUGGUGAGAAUUAUAGCGAGCGAUGUGUGGUCUCUUUCAUAAUGACCGACCAUGAAGUGGAGGAAAGGCCUUGCAGGAAUCCAAAACAAUCAAAGAGGCAGGACGAAAGCAAAGCAGAGAAGUUAGGUAAUCACGCUGUAGUUUUCCAGACUGGCAUCCUUGAAAAUCCUGCCCAAGAACCAUAUAACAAAGGAAAGAGGAGGAAUAAACAUUCUGCCCACAGAGAAGUCUUAAGCUAUGAAUCCAACAUUUCUUCCCAUCAGAGAAUCCACGCAGGGAAUGAAACGUACAAAUGCUCUGAAUGUGGAAAGGACUUUGGCAGGCUCGUAAGCCUCACUUCUCACCAGAGAAUCCAUAUGAGGGAGGAGCGUUCCAUGAGUUCAGAGUCCAAAACAUCUUUUAGUAUGAGUGAAAACCUUACUUCCCAUAAAAGAACCCAAACAGGGCAAAAACCGUGCCAAUGUUCACAGUGCGGCAAGAGGUUCAGCUAUAACAGUGCUCUGAAUUUACAUCAGAGAAUCCAUUCAGAGGAGAAACAAUAUCAAUGUUUGGAAUGUGGAAAGUGCUUCCGCUGGAGCACAGCUCUCACCUCCCAUCAGAGAAUCCACACAAAGGAGAGGCCAUAUGAGUGCCUGGAGUGUGGAAAGACCUUCAGGUGGAACGUAUCCUUCACUUACCAUCAGAGAAUCCACUCAGGGGAGAAGCCAUACAAAUGCUUGCUGUGUGGAAAGACUUUCACUGUUAGUGCAAGCCUCUCUUCCCAUCAGAGAAUCCACAAAAAGGAGAAGCCGUAUGAGUGCCUGGAGUGCGGAAAGACCUUCAGAUGGAGCACAGCCCUCAAUUCCCAUCAGAGAUUCCAUUCAAAGGAGACACCAUAUGAGUGCCUGGAGUGUGGAAAGACCUUCAGUUGGAGCUCAGCCCUCACUUCACAUCAGAGAAUUCACUCAGGGGAGAAACCCUACGAGUGCACAGUGUGUGGAAAACGCUUCACUCAGAGACCACACCUUGUUUCCCACCAAAGGAUCCAUUCUGGAGAGAAACCCUAUAAAUGCCAGGAAUGUGGUAAAGGCUUCAGUCAGAGCUCACACCUGAAGGUACACCAAAGCGUCCACACAGGAGAAAAGCCAUAUAAAUGCUUGGAGUGUGGAAAGAGUUUCCGUAUCCAUACAGGUCUUACAUCACAUGCAAGAAUCCACACAGGGGAGAAGCCAUAUAAAUGCCUGGAUUGUGGGAGAAUGUUCAGUCACAGCACAAGCCUUAAUGUACAUCAAAGUAUCCACACAGGAGUGAAGCCAUUUAAAUGCUUGCAGUGUGGAAAGAACUUUGCCGUCAGGUCACGGCUUACAGAACACCAUACAGUCCACAGCAAAAAGAAAAAAUAUGGAUGCAGGGACUGUGGGAAAAGAUUCAUACGGAGAUGCUACCUGAUACAACAUCAAAGAACACACAAAGGGGGGGUGGGGCGUCAGUUGUGUGGAUGCACAUUAGGCGAGCUCUCUUCCCCUACUACCUAA